AUGAAAUCAGUAUUAUCUAUUCAAUCACAUGUUGCACAUGGAUAUGUUGGAGGUAGAGCUGCCAUUUUCCCUUUACAAACUCAAGGUUGGGAAGUUGAUAAUAUAAAUACCGUGAAUUUUUCUAAUCAUACAGGUUAUGGUUCUUUCACUGGGACUUCUUUGCUGACAGACGAACUAGAUGAAAUCUUAUCACAGUUAAUAAGAUUGAAUAUAAAAUAUUCAGCGAUUAUAACUGGGUAUAUUCCUAACUCAGCUUUGAUAUACAUGACUCAUAGAUAUGUACAGGAAUUUAAGAAGUUACAUCUGAAUAUGAUUUAUUUAUUGGAUCCAGUUAUGGGAGAUAACAACUAUUUAUAUGUUGAUAAAUCAUGUGUCAAGGAAUACAAAUCCAUAUUAAAAAGUAAAAUUGUGGAUAUAAUAACCCCAAAUCAAUUUGAGUUGGAAUUAUUGACAAAUAUCAAAAUUACAAACAAGUAUAGUUUGGUUCAAGCCAUAAAGACACUACAUGACGAAUUUAACAUACCCUAUGUUGUUGUAACAUCAGUUUCUGGUGAAAUAUUUGAAGAUGAUUAUAUUCAUUGUGUGAUAUCAACAAAGUUUCAUCCAAUACAAGUGUUCAGUGUUCCAACUAUAAAAUCAUAUUUCACAGGUGUUGGUGAUUUAUUUUCUGCAUUAUUAUUAGAUAAAAUGGAAAAGAAUAAGAGUAUAGUUGAUGAACUGGAAAGAUUGAGUAGAUCUGUCAAUCAAGUAUUGACAAUUAUGGCCAAGACAUUAAAAUUGACUCAUAGAUUAGGAAUUCAACAAGCUUUGAAAGAUGAAGAGCAUUCACCAGGAGCUGGACAUAAAACAAUAACAGGCCAAAUGAAUAAUGGCGAUACAAUGAAAUAUUUCGAAUUGAAAGUGAUACAGGCUAAAGAUUAUUAUGAUUAUAAUGGUCAUGGUGAAUUUGUUGAGUCAGUAUUAGAUCUAAGUUAA